GAACCAUUAACACACCUAGAACGAUUACUGCUCCAAAACUCAACUGAAUGCUCUAAAGACACAACGGAGAAUGAGCUAUUACGGCAGCAGCUAUCGAAUUGUAAACGUGGACUCCAAAUACCCAGGCUACCCCCCAGAGCACAUCGUAGCGGAGAAGAGGAGGGCCAGACGGCGUCUCUUGCACAAAGACGGCAACUGCAAUGUGUACUUCAAGCACAUUUUUGGGGAAUGGGGGAGUUACAUGGUGGACAUUUUCACCACUCUGGUGGACACCAAAUGGCGCCACAUGUUUGUGAUCUUUUCUUUGUCUUACAUUCUCUCCUGGUUGAUCUUUGGCUCCGUCUUUUGGCUGAUCGCCUUUCAUCAYGGAGACCUGCUCAAUGACCCAGACAUCACACCUUGUGUCGACAAUGUUCACUCUUUCACGGGGGCAUUUUUAUUCUCCCUGGAGACCCAGACCACCAUCGGGUACGGUUACCGCUGUGUCACCGAGGAGUGCUCGGUGGCAGUGCUCACGGUGAUCCUGCAGUCCAUCUUAAGCUGCAUCAUCAACACCUUCAUCAUUGGAGCUGCCCUGGCCAAAAUGGCAACUGCCCGAAAGAGAGCCCAGACCAUCCGAUUUAGCUAUUUUGCUCUGAUAGGCAUGAGGGAUGGGAAGCUGUGCCUCAUGUGGCGCAUUGGUGAUUUCCGACCAAACCACGUGGUAGAAGGGACCGUGAGAGCCCAGCUUCUCCGCUAUACAGAAGACAGCGAAGGGCGGAUGACCAUGGCGUUUAAAGACCUCAAGUUAGUCAAUGACCAGAUCAUUCUGGUGACCCCGGUGACAAUCGUUCACGAGAUCGACCAGGAGAGUCCUCUGUAUGCCCUCGAUCGCAAAGCAGUGGCCAAAGACAACUUUGAGAUCUUGGUGACCUUUAUCUACACUGGUGAUUCUACUGGGACCUCACACCAAUCGAGGAGCUCCUAUGUGCCCCGAGAAAUCCUCUGGGGCCACAGGUUUAAUGACGUCUUGGAGGUGAAGAGGAAGUAUUACAAAGUGAAUUGCUUGCAGUUUGAGGGAAGUGUGGAAGUGUAUGCCCCCUUUUGCAGUGCCAAGCAGCUGGACUGGAAAGACCAGCAGCUCCACAACAUGGGGAAGUCAUCACCCGUCCGAGAAUCCUGUACCUCAGACACCAGUGUCAGAAGAAGGUCCUUUAGUGCCGUUGCCAUCGUCAGCAGCUGUGAAAACCCAGAGGAGACCACCACCGCUGUCAAGGAGGAGUGUAAGGAAGCUCCUUAUCGGAAAGCUCUCCUGACUCUAAAUCGAGUCUCCAUAGAGUCCCAGAUGUAA